AUCCCACUUAUCCAUUCGUCAGAUCCCACCACAUCCCGCGACCUCCUCUCUCUCUCCCCAAGCAACUCCCCCUCUGUCGCCCCGCCUUGCGCCACCGGUAGCCCGAAGCGCCGCGCCGCUGGCCGCCCGUACCACGACUUGCGGCUCGGGGACUCCUCUUCCUACCUCCCCUAGCGGCUCCACCACCUACCUUCUUCCACCGCCGCCGACAGCGCCUCCAUGACUCCUCUGGCCCCCGGCCACCGCGCCUCCUCUAACCCCGGCCGGCGCUCCACCCACCGCACCCAAGCCCAUCGGCCACCGCGUGCGCCUCCUCUCAUGCCCGCCCACAACGCCUCCCAUUCCCGAACGCAUCACCCCACCAUCCCGCACUCCACCUCCGCCGUGACCUCAUGGUGCGAGCCGCCGCCCUGGAGUGCCCGAUCUCCGCCGCACCGUGGUCCCCAGGCCCCCGCCGGCCACCCAGAGCCCACCUUCUUCUUUGAAGCCCCCCCCUCAGCGCACCCUCACCAUCUUCCUCGUCGGGCUCCCACGCCCCGUGCGCCGGCCACCGUCGACUCCCUGACGACGAAGAAACGGCGGGCGAAGCUGCAUCCGGCUCCACAAGGCAUGCAGCGCGGAAGGGGUGCUCCCUGCCUUCCCACUGGCGGUGCGGUUCGGUCCACCCCUGAUGAGCAACACCCACCUCCACAUCACCGCGCCGCCAUGGAGAGUGGUGAUCACGGAUGGUGCUCGCAUAUCCUGCAGGUUCUCGUCCUCUCUUGGCUGUCGCGGCGCACGAGUGCAACCAGGCCAACGGCGGCGACCUUCUGCCUUCCUCCUCCUCUUGCUCGAGCCCAAUUGGGUCAACGGCAGUGCAGCCGGAUCCAGCGAGCAGUGCACAUCACACCCUCCUGUGGUUUGUUCACGACCACCAUGGCCCUCCCCUCCCCUGCACAGGCCAUGGCUCGCUGCGAUGUGCCACCGUGCUGGGCGUGCCAUGCGGUUCAGCAGUACCUGAAUCCCCUCGGGUGCUCUGAAUUCAUGCGGGUGAUUCAUCGCGGCAGUAACACGACCAAAACAAGAAGCGCGGGGAGAGGUCAGGCAGCUGAUCUUCUUCAUUCCCCAACAAAAAAAUCGGCGAGGUGGUUCAUAGUUUCUGUGCGGUUUUCUUGUGCGCUUUGUGCGGUAAGCUAGCAUCCUGUAGUUAGUUCAGGAAUCUGCAGUGCGUGGGUGCCACCGGAUGGGGGGACGAGGUGCUAUCCAUGGCACGCUGGAGUUUUUUUGUGUGUUCGUUGCAGAAAACCUUUUUUACUUUUAUUGGGGGAGAAUCAAAGUGCAGUGUGGUUCACUAUUUGCUGCCCUUGUGGUUCGUUGUACUUUUUAUUGGAGGAGAAAACUAGGAACACAAAAUAAAAAAGUGCACUGCACACACUCUGAAGAAAAUACAUGAUGCAGUUUGGUUGUGCUAUUGCUGUUUAUUGCAGGAGAAGAUUUGG